AUGAAGUUUCAACAUAGGCUCAACCCAAAGAAGUGCACAUUUGGAGUGACAGCAGGAAAGAUGCUAGGCUUAUUAAUCACGCAAAGAGGAAUUGAGUUUGAUCCGAGCAAGAUAGAAGUGAUCACGGAAAUGCCACCUCCACGAAGCAAGAAAGAAGUGCGAGGCUUUCUAGGAAAGACCCAGAAAAAUAAAAGAUUCGUCUGGGAUGGCGCUUGUCAGAAUGCAUUCGAGAAGAUAAAGGGAUACCUCAAGAAUCCUCCUAUUCUAAUGCCACCAAGACCAAGCGUAUCGUUAAUCCUAUAA